CACUGCGCACGCGCGGCCUCCGGCUUGGUCCCAGGUGGAGCUGUUUCAGCCGAGCUGGCGCCGCCGUGAGCCUCCGAGAUGAGCGCGGCCGAGGCCGACCGCUGGGCUUGGCUGCUGGUGCUCAGCUUCGUGUUUGGGUGCAACGUACUCAGGAUCCUCCUCCCGUCCUUCUCCUCCUUCCAGAUGUCCAGGGUGCUGCAGAAGGAUGUGAAGCAGGAGUCCCAGAUGCGAGCGGAGAUCCAGGGCAUGAAGCAGGAGCUCUCCACCGUCAGCAUGAUGGACGAGUUUGCCAGAUACGCCAGGCUGGAGAGGAAGAUCAACAAGAUGACUGAUAAGCUCAAAACUCACGUGAAAGCCCGGACAGCUCAGUUGGCCAAGAUAAAAUGGGUUAUAAGUGUUGCUUUCUACAUAUUGCAAGCUGCCCUGAUGGUCACGCUCAUCUGGACGUACUACUCUGUGCCCGUGGCCGUGGUGCCGAGCAGGUGGAUAACUCCACUGGACCGCCUGGUCGCGUUUCCCACCGGAGUGGCAGGUGGUGUUGGAAUUACCUGUUGGAUUUUAGUCUGUAACAAAGUUGUGGCCAUUGUGCUCCACCCUUUCAGCUGAAAAAGAAGAUGAGUUUGGCUACAGCACUUUCAAAAAGGAAUUUUCACUUAGGAGAUUACAAAUCUGAUUUAUACUGUUUUAUUGUUUUUUGUUUUGUUUAUUUUUGUUUGCUUGUUUUUUUUAAAAAAGGAAACACAAGCCACGGGUUAGUUGUUGUUGAACAUGUUUGUUCUUGGACUUCAUGUUGAGAUUCUUAGAAGACUCACAGUUUUGUACAUUUGUCGUGAGCCACGGAGGUCAGUCUCGUGUGUACCAGCCAGCAUGGCACCAGAUUUGUGAUAAGAAGUGUGUGACAUUAUGGGCUACGUGUUGUUACUUGUGAUUUGCACUCUUGGCAUAUUUUAAAGGUCACGUUGCCAACUGGAAAGUCAGACUUUUCUAAUAACUUAAGUACUUUAAAGACUUUGCGCUAUUUUUAAUCUAGAUUAGAAAGUAAUUUAAUUUUAAUACCACUACUAGAAUUUGAAAAUUUGUUUUUUAAUCUCAUGCAGUACUACUGGGAGAAUAACACUAAUUGACAUUGCUUGUGCUUUUUUCCUUCCUCUAUUUAAAAUGUCAUUUGUUGGGCAAGCCUUUGAAUUGUAUUAUUCACUUAUCUGAAGCUGUUAACUUUUCAUUACUGUGUUUUAUAAAUGUAUUCAUGAGCCCAUAAUGCAUUGUUUUGUGUUUGAACUGUGUAUUUUAUAUUUAAUGUAUUUCAAAUGAAGGGUAUUUUUAAAACAUUUAAUAUUUAUGCUCUGAAGAAUGGAACAAACUUAAAAAACAAACUGGGAAGCCUGAUUAAGUUAAUUUCAGCGGCUACAUGUUUGCCCCGUCAAGUAUAAUUCUGCUCAGUAUUUUUAAAAACACUUUUUUCUAAUUACAA